AUGGAGGGUGGCAGGGCAAGUGGCAACAAAACCACCAGCAGGUUAGCUGGCUUCUUAGGAGCAGGAGGAGCUGGUUACUUGCAGGCUGACUUGGCCGGCAUUCUCCUAACUGGCAUAAACCCCCUGUUUCCAUAUUUAAAUGUUGAUCCACGCUAUCUUGUUCAUGAUAACAAUGAGUUCAUUUUGCCAACUGGAGCUAACAAAACCCGAGGCAGAUUUGAGCUAGCCUUCUCUACCAUUGGAGAAUGUUGCAUGACAGGGGUUGCAAUUGGGGCAAUGAAUGGUCUUCGGUUAGGACUAAAGGAAACUCAGAGCAUGGCCUGGUCCAAACCAAGAAAUGUACAGAUUUUGAAUAUGGUCACUAGGAAAGGGGCACUUUGGGCUAAUAUUCUAGGCUCUCUGGCUUUGCUCUAUAGUGCAUUUGGUGUUAUCAUUGAGAAAACACAGGGUUCAGAUGAUAAUGUCAACCCAGUAGCAGCGGGAACCAUGAUGGGAAUGUCGUAUAAAUGUACAGGUGGAGCCGGGCAGUUGGUGAUCUGCCUGGCAGCAUUGACCCUCACCAGUCUCUAUGCACUGUAUAAUAACUGGAAGCACACGAAUGGUUCACUGCUCCGACAGUCACUCUGA